CUUCAGACCAUCCUCAACCAUCCAGCUUCGACGUAUACCCCCUGGAUCCAAUACCCAGUGGAAAAACACUCAAAACUACAAAGAAAAACUAUAAUUAAAAUACAUUUCGAUUAGAUCUAUGUAUUCUGCGGCCCCCAGUUGAUGAUUUCGAACAAUAUUUGAAGCAUCUCAUCGACAUUGAUGUGCUUUUCGUGCAGUCUUUUCAGUGGCGCUUGCAGGUCCGCUGAAUUCUGGAAUGCAAAGAAUUUAGAAUUUCUUUUGUCUUCGAAGGAAACACCUUUUUGAAGUCAUACCCUUGCUCUGUCCACCAGUAUCUGGCGGCUAUGUAGCCGAUGCGUCGACGCGGCGCAAUCGCCACGAAAUCCCGCAGAUCUCCGCGUAAGUCCGCCCAAGACUCGUGGGCGCAACUGAAGACUACAGCCAGCAAAAAUACAGCUAUCGGAGCGUGGCCAAAGCAAGCCAUUGUCGGGUACUUGAAGAUUGACUUUGAACUUCAAAGUAACUUUGAAAGUUUGAAGCCGUCUCUGGCCACCUGAGGCUUUUAUACAGUGCCGUGGUCGGCUUUCAGUGCGGGCGGAAAGCAGGGCAGGUGCUAAUUGAUGGCCGAAAGAUCGAAAACUAUUACUUUUGCUUUCACCAAUGCGUUGGGAACAGUCUAGCUGCUGUUCCCAGUAUUCCGCAAGGGGCAACGGGUAUAAAUCAAGCGAUGAAUUCUUUUGUCUGGCCCCAAAAGCUGACUGUAAUUGCUCCCCAUUUGUGCAUUAAAAACAAUGAUUGAUUCCAUCUCCCACAUGCUCUGGUGUCUGGCCCCAAGAAUUAGAAUUCUAUUGCGUGAUUUAUGGAGUCUGCAGGAAUUUACGAGUCGCCAGAGAAUGCCAGACUCACCCCCAAAGAGGCAGGCCCCUAUCUUGGGGGCUGUGACCUCCCCUGACCAACAAAACAUUCGAUUAAAUUUCGUGGCCCAUCUUAAAACUUACUCUCGGGUUUUUCGGAGAAAAUAUAAGCAAAUCUCUGGUGCAAAAAAACCAUUGAGGAGAACAGAGGCGCCUCCAUCCAGCAUUCACUUUUGUUUGCUUCGAGGCUAAAGAACGCGGCGAUAAUAGCUCUGGUAUCUCUGGUGGCCUGGCUGCUCCUUGGAGGAUGUGGCAGCGUAUAUGGACAGCUCCUCGAAGAGGACUGCGGUGUCGCGAGCACUAUGUGGCCCAGGGUGGCCGGCGGCGAGGAUGCAGCACUGGGAACCACUCAGUGGAUGGCGCACCUGUACGCCAAUGGACCGUGCUCUCCGCCGCGCACUGCAUUCAACCGGACUCGCCCAUAAUGUGCGGUUGGGAGAGUACGAUACCAGGACGGUAGAGGAUUGCAGGCAGGGAGAGUGUGCCCCACCGCCCACGGAUCACGCCGUCUUAAACGUCUACAGGCAUGCAUUUUACACGUCGGUGGAAUACUACGAUAUUGCUCUGCUGAAAAUGCAACAGAGUGUGGUCUACACAGCCAACAUCCGACCCAUCUGCAUUCUGCUGGACACGACAGUGCAGCAACGGAUGGACAGCCUGCGGGAGUACACUAUAACCGGAUGGGGCCUGAUGUGGGGCGGACAGCGGGCCUCCGUCCUGCAGACCGUCAACUUGACCCAAAUCGAUCGAUACACCUGCGCCAGGCACGGCUACCGCAUCGAUCACACGCACAUCUGUGCCGGGGAUUUCCGAAGAUAUGCCUGCGUGGGGGACUCUGGUGGCCCGCUGGGCGCUACCGUGCUGUACGAUGGGCAGCCCCGUUACAUUCAAUUCGGUAUCGUGAGCUUCGCCAGGAAGCCCUGCAAUGGCGUGAGUGUCUUCACGAAUGUCCUAGCCUACACGCCGUGGAUACAGAGGGUUCUGCAGGCGACCCAGUCCUAAACCGAGAAACCGAUUUCAGACAGCAUAGAAAUAUAAAAUUAAUGAGCAAAUGAGCAAA